GAGCCAAUAAUUGAAUCGAUCGUGUCGUCUGAUGAUUCACUGGGAGACGGUCCCUUUGUUUUCCUAUCACCUUCGUGUAUGAAUACCUGACGGUGACAAGGUCGUAUAAAACCAAGUGAGGGCAUAGUAGGCGUCUCUUGUCACAGUCAGGAAGUUGAACUAAUUAAACGUUUCCCAGGCGUAGGGUGUGGUGAUAGAGUAAUCAAAAUGUCGUCAGCUUCAGGAGUAAAAAUAUUAGACACAGUUAUCGAAGACUAUCAGAAAUUGCAGAAAGACCAGACACUCAAAUACAUCAUCUUCAGCAUUAAAGCACACAAUGGAAAAGACUACAGUGCUAUUGAUGUUCACUGUAAAUCAGAAGAGAAGAAGCGUAGCAAAGAGGAAGAUAUAAGUGAACAAGAAACUUUGUUUGAGGAGUUUACAGAGCAUUUGAGAGAGGCAGAAAAGGCAAAUGAAUGCCGCUAUGGUCUCUUUGAUUUCUGCUGUAGAGACAGUGCUGGUCAUCCCAGACAGGGUAUUGUGUUUAUUGCCUGGUCACCAGAAAAUGCCAAGACCAAAGAAAAAAUGGUGUAUGCCAGCAGCAGAGAUGCACUUCAGAAGAAAUUUGAUGGUGUGAAAGUAAUCAUACAGGCCACAGAUUAUGAUGAAAUUGACAAAGAUGUAGUUGAGAAAGAACUUGUGAGAAAGCUUUAUUCAUAAACCAGAUGAGUGAGAGCUUUGACUGUAAUUUAGGACCUGUAUCCCACAAAGACUAUUGUCUUAGCAUGUGUUAAAUACUGAUGUAAAUUAUUUUUUGCAUUGAAGGAGAUAGAAAAAUAGCAAGAACAAUAAACAAUUUUUUAUUAAAACAGGAACGAAUGAUGGUUUGGACCUAAAUUUAAAUAAUACAUAGAAAUCCAAAAAAACUGAAAAUAUCUAUGACUCCAGUACAAGAGGUGAAGAUCAACUGCUUUAUGCAAUCCAUGCACCUUGCCCUACCCAAACCAGUUUGAAGGUUUUAAAAGGAGAGAAA